AUGUCAUUAGGCGAUUCUCCACAUGGAAGUGAUGGAAAUCGCUGGAAAAUAUCCACUAAGAGCUCCAACAACCUUGCUCUCGAAAUGGAGUUCAUAGGGGUUGGAUGGAUUAGUUUGGGCAAUGAUCCUAUGGCCUCCAAGGUUGUUAGUGUACCAUCCUAUCAUUUACUUCAAGCCGGAUUCUGGUGGCCAAGCCUUUUCAAAGACACUCACGACUUCAUUGCAAGGUGUGAUAGAUGCCAACGAGAAGGGAGCAUUUCCAAGCGCAAUGAAAUGCCACAAAACCCGAUACUUGAGGUGGAAGUGUUUGAUGUAUGGGGCAUCGACUUCAUGGGCCCCUUUGAGCCACCUUCUCAUGGGAAUAGAUACAUCCUAGUGGCAGUUGACUAUGUAUCCAAGUGGGUCGAGGCAAUCGCUUCCCCAACGAAUGAUGCCAAGGUUGUGCUCAAGCUGUUCAAAAGCAUCAUCUUCCCGAGAUAUGGAGUGCCAAGGGUUGUAAUAAGUGAUAGAGGAAGCCAUUUUAUCAACAAAGUCUUCGAGAACUUGUUGAAGAAGUAUGGAGUCAAGCAUAAGGUAGCGACACCAUACCAUCCUCAGACAAGUGGUCAAGUGGAAGUGUCAAACAAGCAGAUAAAGGGGAUCCUCAUGACGAUUGUGGGAGUGACCAAGAAGGAGUGGGCAGUUAAGUUGGACGACGCUCUUUGGGCUUACAGGACCGCCUAUAAGACGCCAAUAGGAAGGACGCCUUUCUCGCUCCUUUAUGGGAAAUCGUGUCACCUUCCGGUGGAGAUUGAGUACAAAGCGCUUUGGGCAAUCAAACUGCUCAACUUCGACAUCAGAUCUGCCCAAGAGAAGAGGGGUUUCGACUUACAUGAGUUGGAAGAGAUCAGUCUGGACGCAUAUGAGAGCUCCAAGAUUUACAAAGAACGGACUAAGGCAUUUCACGACAAGAAAAUUUUGCCUAAAGUCUUCAAGGUUGGAGAAUAUGCGCUGCUUUUCAACUCAAGAGCUAAGUUGUUCCCUGGGAAGCUCAAGUCCAAGUGGUCGGGCCCGUUUGAGAUUAAGGAAGUCCUUCCUUAUGGAGCUGUCACUUUGCUCAACCAGAAUGGCGAGGAGUUCACAGUGAACGGCCACAAGCUCAAACCAUAUUUGGGCCAACGCAUUCAAGGAGAAGGAGUCUCAACUCCUCUUGCGGACGCCCCCUUAGCCUAA